ACGUUCUAUCGCAUCUCCAACCCAUCUACCCCGUCUCUCCUCAUUGUUGCUUUUUUUUUUUUUUUUUUGGUUCAGUUCCUUUUCUCUUAAGUUAGGAAUCUGGAUGCGGAAAUUCUGUUCUUGGGAUCGCACGGGAAAUGCCUCCGAUCUCGCUUCGGCCCAAAGAAUCGAAGCUCCUAUUGCCUCCGAUCUGAAAGUAGAAUUUAUUGAAGAUAUACCGACGAGGAUCUAUGCUUCAUUAGUGUCUGCAGCCAGAAUCACCGUGACUUCUGUGCAUUGCUCGAUUUAGUCAUGUGGAGGUUCAAGCCCUUUACAGCAAAAGAACCGACCGGCUUGGAAGGUCGCACCAUCGAUGUCGGCAAUGUAAAGGUCCAUGUUCGAAAUGCCAUGGCGGAAGGGGGAUUUUCUUGUGUGUAUCUCGCUCGUGAUGCUCUGCAUGCAUCAAAGCAAUAUGCUUUGAAGCACAUGAUCUGCAAUGAUGGGGAGUCACUGGAUCUUGCAAUGAAGGAGAUCUCGGUGAUGAGACUACUUAAAGGGCACCCGAAUGUUGUCGCGCUUGUGGCCCACACCAUAUUGGACAUGGGUCGUAUGAAGGAGGUGUUGAUCGUGAUGGAGUUCUGUGAGAAGUCGUUGGUUGCUGUGCUGGAUAAUAGAGGGGCUGGGUACUUUGAGGAGAAUCAGGUCCUCCUGAUCUUCAGGGAUGUCUGCAAUGCAGUGUUAGCCAUGCAUUCUCAGUCACCACCUAUCGCUCACAGAGACCUGAAAGCUGAAAAUGUGCUGCUUGGAUCUGAUGGAGCUUGGAAAUUAUGCGAUUUCGGUAGCACUUCGACCAAUCAUAAGUGUUUUGACAGGCCUGAAGAGAUGGGUAUUGAAGAAGACAAUAUCAGAAAGCAUACAACCCCUGCAUAUAGAGCCCCUGAGAUGUGGGACCUUUUUCGAAGAGAAAUUAUCAGUGAGAAGGUGGACAUUUGGGCUCUUGGAUGCCUUUUGUACAGAAUCUGCUACCUCAAAUCUGCAUUUGAUGGUGAAUCAAAGCUUCAGAUAUUGAAUGGAAACUAUCGCAUUCCAGAGUUACCAAAAUAUAGUGCUGCCAUAACCAACCUAAUUAAAGACAUGCUUGAAGCCUCUCCAAAUGCCAGACCAGACAUCACGCAGGUGUGGUUUCGUGUUAAUGAACAAUUGCCUGUGGAGUUGCAGAAAUACUUACCUGAUGGGUCAUCAUCAAAUAUCAGCAUGUACCAUCCUACUUCAAGUAUGCAUGAUGAAGGACUUCCUAAGAAAUAUUUGAUGCCUAGAAGGAGCCCUCCUCCACCACCAUCAUCAAGAGAACAGAUGCAAAAUAUCUCAGUGCAAUCUGAAAAGGUGUCACACUCUAGACCCUCCCAGGGUGGUUCAAAAGCUGCUGGGUGUCCUAUUGGUUCAUUUUGGUCCACCCAGUAUGCACAUGAUCCGCAGGUUGCAGAAAACAAAGGUUCUUUGAUUGACAAGGAACCAUUUAAACAGUGGAGAUCCAAGAACAAUCAGAAUAGUCUGGAUAGCAAGACCAUCUCGCCAAGAGAACAUGUUCAUACGGGACAAAGUGGAGCAGCAAACCCUCUCAAAAAGUUUGAAGAGGAUCCUUCUAAAGGCUUUGAAAUAAGCUUUUUCCAAGAGGAGCCACAACAGAAUUCUCAGAAAACAAAAGCAGUACAUCCUGAGACCAUACAGACAUUUCAGAACGAGGCAUUUAACACCUUCAUUGCUGAGUUUGAGACCAGUAACCUUGACUCCAGAAAUAGUGCUAGUAAUAAUCAUAACAAUGGAUCAGGGAGAAAAGAGCUAGAAGCUGAAGCGGAUAGGCUGAAGGAACAGUUGAAGCAAGCCAACUUGGGGAAAGCCGAAAUUACAUCCAAAUAUGAGAAGUUGUCGGCCAUUUGUCGCUCUCAGCGGCAGGAGAUCCAGGAGCUGAAGCGCGCCCUUGCAGCAGCAACUCCAUCGCCAUCAAGUAAGGAUAGCUCAAAGAGCCAUAUCUCUCUUGGAAGCUUGCAGUCUGGAACUCUGCAAAAGGAUAAGAUUGAAGGAACUGUAUGGGAACUCCAGCAAGGGAUGCUCGCAAACAGUUCUCCAUCACCCAGCCAAGAGCCCAAGCCAUGGCAGGCAUUUUCUGGGGAGCCAAAAGCCCAGUCUAGAGCAGCUGGAACAACCAAUGGUCACCAAAAUCUGACCAAGCAAUCGGCGGCAGCGCCCUCCAGUGAUGUGUGGGGGUUCAAUCUGGAAAGCUUCACAGCAGCGCCAUUUGGUGCGCAGGUGUCGAGGACCUCUGCUCAGGCAAAUACUUCUCAGAGACUCAGUGGUGGGGGAACAAAAAAGGUGGAGACCAGCCAACCAUCUGGAUGGGCUGGUUUCUGAAGUGCAGUUGAAAAUAAAACAGAGAUUAUUGCUAGUGUUCAUAAGCUAUUAUUAUAGCGGGCGCGCAAAGGACUGCCUCACAGUUGCCCCUGAUAACAUUUGUGAUUUAUUUUUGUUGCUUGUGGAAAAGAUUGAAGUUGGUAGAUUUUUAGCGGAAAUUCACCCUUCUUUUGCUGCCUCUAAGGAGAUCUGAAAGAUCAGGGUUUUUCAA